UCUUCCGCGUUGAGUAGUUCAAAAUAAUAAUGUCUAUGAUUCAUGUCUUUAGUAAGAAAUGAAAUUGUGUUCCAUAGCACUAAUGAUUGUCGAUGUUAUUUGUUUCAUGUCAUAUAUUUUCUAAUAUGCCGAGUUACAAAAGGAUAUUAUGUUUUAUAAUUUUCAUUUUAUUUUUCCUGACCGCCAAUGCUUUGAUUGAGCGGUUUAGGUCUGUGACACUUAGUGGACCGUUGCAGAAUCUCCGCGUAUUUAAUGACAAAAUCUACAUCGGAGGCACCAAUAUGCUGUACAUACUUAAUAAUGACUUAAGUAUAAGUUAGUCAGCCACAAUAUGCUCCAAUUCUUCGGAUUUGUGCCGAAAUUUGAAGAAAAUUUUACUUGUGCUGGAAGAUAGAAACGAAAUUUUCGUAUACAGAACUGACAACAAUGGCAUUUUUGAAAUACGAAUGAGUGAUAAAAUCGAAAAUGUUGUGAGAACAAGGGAAAUAUAUAAUUUUUAUUUUGACAGGUAUGAAAGUGUACCUGUGCAAGGUAUUGUAACAAUGGAUGGUCAUAUUACGGUAGCUGUUUCUCUGGAUGCGCGACAGCAAUACACUCGCUUUUCGUUUGAUGAUUUUAUCUGUAUAGUGGACGUAGUAAGCUUAAGGUACAAAAAACGUCUUGAUACUUUUCAUAUAAAACUAGAUUUUCCAGAAUUCGUCUGCUAUUUCAAAGACGUGUUUCAAUUUAACUGGUACACCUAUUUUGUAACGAUACAAAAGAAGAAUCUUAAAAGUACAAACUAUGUUUCUAAAUUGAUUAGUCUUAACCAAAAUGAUACUAAUUUUGAUUCAUAUACGGACAUAAUUCUUAGUUGUAUAUUUGAUGAUAUUGAGUAUAAUCUUAUUCAAAAGGCAGUACUAAUAGAUGCCCCAAGUUCCUUCGGAAUUUUGAACAACGAUAGAAUUUUUGUGGGCGCGUUCUCAAGAGGAAAUGAUCCUACCAAUCCAACCGGUAACACUGCGAUUUGUGUAUCAAAAAUUAGUGACAUAUUUCAGGACAUACUAAAUGCUAAAGAAAGCUUUGAAAGUUUGGCCAAAGGAAAACAUGCAAGUUUCUGUGCUAAGUUGAUUUCUUCUGGCUUUAUGGAGUAUUUCAAAUUGCUAUGUGGGAGCGGAAAUUAUUCGCAUAAAAUGACAGCGACAUAUCUACAUCAAACGAAGACAGGUCACGUGUCCGCGCUUGAUGGUACUUCUAUUGGCAGAGAUUAUAUCGUCCUUAUUGCAGGACUAUCGACUGGAUCUUUAAUACAGAUAACCAUGAAAAGUUUGAAAUCUCCCAUGGAGCUGUUCAGUACGACAGAAGUGAAAACACCAAUACAUAAAGUUCAUAUACAGGAUGAAGAUACCAUUUAUGUUUUAGGCUCUCACCACGUUAACUUAAUAUUUUAUUUUUCUAUAUUCAAUUUAAAUAUGUCUUGUAAUGUUUAAAUAGCAAUUAAUUACUUACGUUCGUAACAAGUACUGUUUUCCUCU